AUGAUACAUCUCCGACUACCAUGGCCUGAAGAGAAAGCUAAAAGGACACGUUCAACCACUACAUCACCGUUAGUGAUAAUUGUUAAAUCGUUGGCCACUAAUUUUGAACAACGACACAUUUUACGUGAUACCUGGAUAAAACAGGCUAAACAAGAACAACUUGUUGUCUAUUUUAUGGUGGCUAAAAUAGUAAAUCUUAAACAACAACAAUUGAAAAUAGAAAAUGAAAAUCAGUUGUAUCAGGAUAUAAUACAAGCCUCAUUUAUUGACAAUUAUUAUAAUUUAACAUUGAAAACAUUAUCAAUAUUAUACUGGAUCAAAACACGAUGUAAUACAAAAGAAAUUAACUAUCUAGUUAUUGUUGAUGAUGAUUCUUGGAUAAAUAUUGGUCGUCUUAAAUCAAAUUGUUUAAAUAAACUGUAUCAUGGUAUAACAGGUAAUUUAUAUCGUGCUGAGAAACCACAUCGAGAGGGAAAAUGGGCUGUAUCACUCAACGACUAUCCACAAGAUCUUUAUCCGGCAUUUUUAGCUGGCGGUCUAGGUAUCUUUGAAAUGAAAUAUGUACACGAAAUAUAUGAGGCAGCAACAAAUAAUUCCAAUUUGCCUGCAUUAUUUAUUGAUGACGUUUACAUAACCGGAAUAAUUGCUGAACAAUUAAAAAUUGAACGUCACAACAUCGGAUGGGGUAUAAUUUCAUUUAAAUGUGAUCAACAUUAUUCAAGACUUAGACUAUAUCAAUUGUUGUCUAUUCUGCAAUGCAAUAUUAAACAAUUGAAACAAAUAUGGAAUCAAACAAUGACCGUAGAUGAUUAUUAUAGAACACAAAAAUUUGUCGGGCUACCUCAGAGUUGGAACCGGGCCGGCAGACCGGCCGGUCACCGGCCGGCCCGGGCGGGUGCCGGUCCGGUCCGGUGUAAAAGUUUAGACCGGCCGGUCUCCACCGAUCUUUUGCCGGUCUAG